AGUACGCCGCCCUCUGUAAUGGACCUCGCGUCGGCGGCCGCGAUCGUCAAUUCGGCGAAUGCCAAGGGAAGAGAGACGGUCAAGGUCGUUGUGCGCUGCCGACCGCUCUUUGGGAAGGAGAUCACCGAGGGCCGGCAGUCGAUCGUGACCAUGGACGUCGCGGCCGCCGUUGUUUCCAUCAAGUGCCCCGACAGCGACGCGUUAAAGAGUUUUACGUUCGACUCGGUUUACGACGAGCACACGGUGCAGCGACAAUUUUAUGACGAGUCGGGCUACCCGCUUGUCGAAAGUGUCUUUGAGGGCUACAACGGCACUAUCUUUGCGUACGGCCAAACCGGCUGCGGCAAAACGCACACGAUGCAAGGCAAGGACAGCCCGCCGGAGCUCCGCGGCGUCAUCCCCCACGCGUUUGACCACGUCUUUGAAAACAUUGGCGCCGACACAGAGCGCGAGUACAUGGUCCGCGCCACGUACCUCGAGAUUUACAACGAAGACAUUCGCGACCUCCUCGGCGACGACUCGAAGCAAAAACUCGAGCUCAAGGAAAGCGCCGACGGUGGCGUGUACGUCAAAGACCUGACAGAAGUCGUUGUGAGCGACGUCGCCAGCAUUAACCGGGUCAUGGCCCGGGGGUUCAAGAACCGCACGAUCGCGGCCACGCUCAUGAACGAAGGGUCGUCCCGGUCGCACUCGAUCUUUACCAUCGUGGUGGAAAUCAGUGAAAAAGUCAACGGGGAGGAUCAUUUUCGAGCGGGCAAGCUCAACCUUGUCGACUUGGCGGGGAGUGAGCGCCAAAGCAAGACGGGCGCGACUGGCGCACGGCUUAAGGAAGGCUGCAAGAUCAACUUGAGUCUCUCUGCGCUUGGCAAUGUCAUCUCUGCUCUGGUCGACGGCAAAGGAAAGCACAUUCCGUAUCGGGACUCGAAGCUCACACGGCUGCUUCAAGACUCGCUUGGUGGCAACACCAAGACUGUCAUGGUCGCUGCCAUUAGCCCUGCGGAUUACAACUUUGACGAGACACUCUCGACGCUGCGCUACGCCAACCGUGCGAAAAACAUCAAGAACAAACCGACCGUCAACGAAGACCCGAAAGACGCCAAGUUGCGCGAAUACAAGAAUGAAAUUGAGCAGCUCAAGCUGCUGCUCGCCCAGCAAAAAGCCAUCACGCCCGACACCACCCUCCGCCCGACGCCACCACGACGAGUCGAGCGAUCCCCGACGACCUCGGCCUCCAUGACGCUCGAAGAAGAAGCGAAUUUAAUGGCCACCGACAACGAAGGCGUUGCUGUGCCGACGACACCGUCGGGUCGCGCAUUGCAGCUUCAGCGCAGCACGACCGAGCGCGAAGAAGCGCUCGCGGCCCAGUCCCAAGCGCUCCAAGAAUCACUGCAGCGGGAGAAAGAAGAGAUGCAACGCCAGCUUCGACUCGAGCAAGAAACCAUCGAGAAGGCCAAAGCCGACGCCGCCAGCAUGAUGGAAGCGGCACAAAAGAUGAUGCUCGAGAUGCAAACGGUCGCGCGCCCGCCGUCACAAGAGAUUCCCGUCGCCGAGGUGGACCCCGACGCAGAAAAGAAGCGUGAAGACGACCGGCGGCGGUUCCUCGAGGCCGAAGAAACCAAAGCCAAGGCCGCCGACAUGAUGGCCAAGGCCGAGAAGCUCAUGGCCGAGGCCGUCGCGCGCUCUGCGCAGCCACCCAAAGUGAAAAUCGUCAAGGAAGUCGUCGAAGUGGUGCGAGAAGUGGUGCCCGAGGGCCAUCUCAAGGAGAAAGAAGCACUGCAAGAGAUGAACCAAACGAUUCAAAACCACCGCGACCGCAUGGCCAAGGAGCUCGAAGAGGCCCAGCUGGCCAUGCAACACCACGUGCGAGAGAAGAGCGAACUCGCGUCCAAGCUGCACAAAAUCGGGUCCCAAAUCUGUGGCAAGCACGACUCGCCCGCGGACGCUGAGAUCGCGCUGUUAAAACAGCAGGUCGAAUACCGGCGGGCGCAAAUCAAGCUCAAAAUGAAAAAGAAAAAAGAAGCCCAACUUGAGAUUGCACAAAUGGCGCUCCAAGCCGAGAAGGCCACGGUCGAGGACGAACUCAAGAGUGCGCAGGAGCAAGUGCAAGCCAACUCGGCGCUGCACAAGAAGAAACAGCUCAAGUACAAGGCCAAGCUCGAGGCCGCGCGCGAAGAAAUCGUCGACCAACAAGCCGACUUUGCCCGCGAGCGCGACAGCCUCAUGGACACGAUACGCCAACAAACACGCGAGGUCAAGCUCAUGGAACAGCUCGUCGAGCUCUUCUUGCCCCAGAACGAGCUCGUCAAAGUGUGGGACAAGGCGGUGUGGAUCGAUGACAAGGAAGAGUGGCAGCUGCCCCGCAUCAAGCCGCGAAGCGACUUUACCAGCAUGAAGCUACCGACGCUGGGUGGUGGCGCCUUCACGCCGAUCGACCGCCCGAUCACAGGUGGGGAGGUGGGCGGCGCCGAGGUGUGCGACGGCUCCGCGCUCAGCAAUCGGUCGAGCAAAUCGCGCAACAAGACAACGCGGCGUACGAUCGAGGGUUUACCGAGCCGUGGCGACGAGACGUCGGGCAUGACAUUGCUGCCGUUGGCCGACUUGAGUCGGUCGGUCAAGCUGCCGAGUGCCCACAAGACGACGCGGACUGACAGCACCAAGGGGGACGAUGGGACGCCCAAGCGGUCCUCAAAAUCCAAGAGAGAAAAACGAUCGUCCAAGCACCGACACCGCGAAGGCGAGAGCCCCAACAACGGGCUCGGGCAAACCUUGGAGCCGCUGCUUGUACACGCCGACGAAGCGCGCACCGCCACGUCCGAGCUCGUGUACCCGCUGGGCGCCGACGACGACGAGCACAUGGACGACUACCUCCCGCGGGACCGGCUUCAGUCCCGUCAAGGCUCGCGUCAAGGCCGGCGAACGACCGACUCGAAGACAUCGGGCUUGGGCGAGACCGAAGACAGACCCUCGCGCCGGCGUCGCAAGUCGCUCCCGAAAGACGACGACGAAGUGAACGACGUUGAAAAGCCAGUGGCGACCAAGAAGAAGAAGAAACGCAAGUCGAUCGUGGCAGCCGAGCUUCUCGCGCCGCCGUCGCCCGAGGAUCCCGAUUACGAUGAAGUGCUCGGCGAAGUCUUCUCCAGCGGCGCGUACCCUUAA